GUAUUGCAGGAAUGGUUCUGCACUCUGACUGUAGGGGCGGCUGAGACUGGCGCCCCCCCCACCAUUGUAACCCAUCUAAUAACAGCAGUCACAGAGAGAGACACACACAGAAUGAGCCAACAGGAGGCAGACACUAGCCUGAUGCUGGAGUUUGCUUUACAAGCAUUCCAAGCCCAGAACUUCCAGCUAGCCAGUGAUAUCUAUGGCAGGCAGCUGCAGGAGCAGAGAGCUGGGGGGGUGGACUGGGCAUUGCUGCUGAGGAGGGCUGAAUGCCUGGCAUACUCUGGCAACCUGCAGGGUGCCUGUGACUUGUACCAGAGGGCUGCUGUGCACAGGAAGGUGGGAGCGGAUCAGCUGGAGACGCUGAUUUCCUGCUUAGCAGAUGGCAUCAGGACCAGAGAGGGGCUUCCCCAUCCCCAAGGAGAAUCCAAGUGGGGUAUCCUGACCUGCAAGGAAUGCCGGGACUUCCUCUGGGAGCCAGUGACCCUGGUGUGUGGCCAUACCUACUGUAAGAAGUGCCUGGAUGACUACAAAGGAAGGGAUCAGUGUGAGCUGUGCAGGGUGACCCUGGGCCAGGGGGAUGGAGGACAUCAAUUUAAGGUCAAUGUGGUCCUCAGCAACAUCUUGUGCAAGUGGUUCCCCAAGGAGGUCCAGGCAAGGAAACUCAGACAGGAGGGCAAUGCCCUGUUCAAGGAGGGCAAAGUGCAAGAAGCUCUGGGAAAAUACAAUCAAGCUAUCGACAUAGUGUCCUGUGACCAUUUACUGUACAGCAACCGGUCCAUGAUUCACUUCAGCUUGAAGGCUUAUGAAUGUGCGUUGCAAGACGCAGAAACCGCAUGCAGGCUGCAGCCGUGUUGGGUCAAAAGUCAUUUGACGAAGGCCAAGGCACUGACCAGCUUGGGGAAAACAGAUUAUGCUUUUAGAGAAUUCCUUUUCUGCAUUGCACUAGACACAGACAACAAGACAGCAAAAUUAGAGGCCCAGAAGCUGCUGCUUACUUUAUUAAAUCCAGAAAACUGUCAAGAAGGCUUGCCGGACCUCUUGCAGGUGAUUCCACAUCCAUUCAGAGUAAAAGGAAAUGUUGACCCGUUGAGUUUGGCCAUGCCGUGCAGCAAUCUACAGAGGUUAAACAAAGUGAACUUGGAAAAAGAGAUUCUUCCGAUGGUUUCAGAACACAAAGUGUCCAGUGAUUGCAAUACAGGGAAGGAGUCAUUCCGGAGUCCAGAGAAUAACAGUAUCUGGCAGGUCUCUGUGGCAGAGACAACCAUCCCAUCAAAAUGCAUUUCUCUGAAAAGAAAACUGAGCUUAGAUGAGACAGAGAAAUCUAGGCUUACAGUGGUUCCUUCUAAGAUCCAGAGAAGAGCAGAUGUGCCAGUGACUGACAAAGCAGACAGUGUUAUAUCUGUUUCUCCAUAUGUGGACUCCUCUGACCUGGACUGUUCCCUCUGCAUGAGGUUGAUGUAUGAACCAGUUACUACACCCUGUGGGCACACGUACUGCUUAAAAUGUCUUGAGCGAUGUCUAGAUCACAACCCUAAGUGUCCUCUGUGCAAAGAAGACUUGUGUGAGUACCUGGCUAAGAGGACAUUUUGUAAAACAGAGAUGAUGGAAGAAUUAAUUGGCAAUUAUUUCCCGGAGGAGCUGAAUGAGAGAAAAUGCGUUUAUGAAGAGGAGAUAGCAGAACUAUCCAAUUUAAAUCAUAAUGUCCCCAUAUUUGUUUGCACAAUGGCCUACCCCACUGUACCUUGUCCUUUGCACAUAUUUGAGCCAUGCUAUCGAUUGAUGAUUCGGAGAUGCAUGGAAACGGGUACGAAGCAGUUUGGGAUGUGUAUCGGAGACACAGUGAAAGGAUUUGCAGAUUAUGGCUGUAUGCUGGAGAUCAGGAAUGUGGAGUUCUUUGCUGAUGGCCGUUCAGUUGUAGACAGUAUUGGAAGACGGAGAUUUAAAGUUAUACAGCACAGCCAGCGUGAUGGGUACAAUACAGCCGAUAUUGAAUACAUUGAGGAUGAAAAGGUGCAAGGAGAGGAUUAUAAAGAGCUGAUUAGUUUGCAUGACGCGGUAUAUGAUCAAGCUUACAACUGGUUUAAUUCUCUAAAACCACAACUGAGGAGUCGGAUUUUAAGUCAUUUUGGGCCUAUGCCAGAUAAGGACUCUGAUCUGCAGAUAAACCCUAAUGGGCCUGCAUGGUGUUGGUGGAUUCUUGCAGUUCUUCCUCUCGAGAGCCGGGCCCAGCUCCCGUUUCUCGCUAUGACCUCACUAAAGGAUCGUCUGACCAGCAUCAAGCGUGUUUUACUGUUUAUGCGCCGUACUCGUCCACGAUAAAUCUACCGUACACAUCUCACAUUGUAUUGUUUUCAUACUUACUUGCCAAUAACUAAUCUUGGGUUUCAAAUUGUGAAGAAUACUAGACUGUGCUCCGUUCACUUAUCAACAAUUUUUUUUUUCUCCAAUUUUAAAAGUUUUUUUUUUAUUUGAUUUAUAAAAUAGAGCAAGACAAAACUUAAUUGCAUAUGCCUUAUUUUAUUAUAUAUCGAUUAUUUAUAGAUAUUUGCAACAUGUUUGGGGCCAUUCACUGGAUGGAACACAUUUUUUUAAUUUUAUUUUAUAUAAAGUUUUGUUAUACAAAACAAGAAUUUGUACAGUGAUGUGUAUAUAUAAUCAUGAUCACCAUUUAUGCCUGCUAAUUUA